AUGACCAGAGGUUUGAUCUCUCAGCUCCGCAGUUUUCAGCAAUCCCUGUUUUUGAACAGAUACCGGUCUAGCAUUUCGAACUAUAGGAGCCAAAGAUACGUCUUAACACGAAGUAUUCGUUCUUUCAACUUUCUUCCGUUCAUCUCGAACCCAUGGAUAAAGGCGAUAAACAGGGAGCAUGUAACAAGGAGAUUUUCCAGCCAGAAAAGCCCAGAACAACACACAAAACAGGAUCGGAUUCCUGCAGAUGCUACACCUCACCACUAUCACACUACCACGAUAUUACAGAGACUGCAUGAGUUAGAGGAGGCGUUUCGCGUCAGGGGACACUCUGUAUUGAGAUGGGGAUUGAGUGCUGUUAUUGUGUCCGGGUUCGUUAUUUACAUUUUUCGUGAACAGUUAAAAGAAAACGUCGCUGAUGAAGUGGCGGACGUCGCCAGCAGAUCACUGGGUAAGGUCAACAACAAAAUAGAUUACUGCAGCGGGGGAAGGGACGGGGAAUAUGGUCAUGUGUUUGGGUAACGUUACGUUUUGCCAAUAAAAGAAUAGAAAACGUUCCACCCGCAAAAAAGACCAACGGAGGCCCUUGUUUUCUAGCAGCAGCUAGAAAAAAACAGCUUAAAACAGCUAAAUGAAUGAUAUAAAUAUUUUAGGAAAGGUCACGUGUUCAGUCCCUCCUAUCUAAUGGUUCAUCCUAUGACAGCGCAUGUCACAUGAAUCAAACAGUCCCUGGAAGUUGCACAUUAUGGUGUAUUAUUGUUCAGCUCUAUUAAAUUUCCAUUCCAAGGCUGUACUCUAAAAAAAUAUGAAGGAAGCUCCGUGCGCUGAACCUGUGAAAUCCAGGGUGCUCAGCAUGCGAUUCCUAUGAGAAAACCAAGAUUUCCUAGUUGCCUGGUAGCAAAAGUUAGGUCAAAGGGUUCACCAGGGGCCACAAGAUCACAGCCAGGGAUUCCAGUUGAAUUCAUUACUAGUGGCAGAUUUCAGAUUCAUCUCUUCAUUUCUUCAUGCAUAAUGAGCAGUGAAUUCACACGUGAGACAGUGACAAAAUUUCUGCCAGCUCAGUUUUCUUGAAUCUUCAUAGAAAUUUUAUCCAUUCAUAAUCAAAGAUUUUUCAGCCUGUUAUAGUGAACAAUUCCCUGCUAAUUGUGUAUGCAGGAAUGCAGGUUUGUUUUUGAUACUAGUUGUGGUAAUGACUAUUUACACAGGUUCUUUUUUGAGUAAUUUUAAAUGGACUGUAGAGGACUAUGCCUGACUUGGGGUGACUGUAAGCAUUAGCAUAGCAUUAGGAUUAGCACUGAUAAUAUUAUUGUUACUAUGAUUAAUAGUCAAAAAUGCUCAUGAUAAAAAUGAGGUAAAAAUAUAAGCUUAUACUUAGUUUAUAUUUCAUAUGUGAUCUUCAUUUCCAAAGACAGUGUUAAAUAGGCAGGAGCACAAGUGUUGAACUCUUAGUUGAGGGGAGGGGGAGCAAGGGGGGGAUCUCGUCACAAGUUCACGAACAACAAUUUUGCGCUUCACAAGUCACAAAACAAAUAGUGUAAUUAUUGACCUUUCAUCUCGGCCACGUGUUAGGGUGAUCUUUGGGUGGCUAUAAAUUCCCUAGGGAAGCUAGCUGUAGGUGGGUCUCAAGUGUGAAGUUACAUCAAAAGACUCAAAAGUGAAGUUAAAUCGCCACCAGAUAAGGUCGUUUGGUCAAAUUAACACCUUUUUUUUUCAAUUGAUCCUCAAUGUACGUGUACAGUAUCAAGGAUUUGGGGAGUUUGUGUUUCAUGGAGUGCACUUCAAUCACGAUUCACAGAUCAGUUUUAGCAGUACAUCGCAAUUCAUGGACCCCAAAAAUGGUUGAUCAUGGCAUCAUGUAAAUAAGCUUAUCCCCCCCCCUUCUUAGUUAUUCUUACACUCCAACAUAUGUAGCCUGAGAAAAGAAGAAAGUUCACGAUAAAAUUGCUUCUGUUAAGAGAAGUUAAUGCCACACCCUUCAAGUGUUUAGCAGCUUUUGCACAGACAAUGCAACAUCAAAUGUCAGAAGAUUGUGAAAAAAGUGCAGAAAGGACUGAACACCACUUCCGGUGCUCAUUGGUCGAGAUGGUUUUAAAAUGAUCUGCACUCUGACCUUUCUCCAGGGUCUUGUCCUUUUCCAAUAUGGCGAGUGGAAAAAACGAGAAGACCCUGAGGACGAGGUUGGUCUGCCCUCUUACUCGUCACUGUCGUCAUGUUGUCUCACAGAUACCGGAAGCUCACACGUGAGUGUCGUUGUUGCGUAACAGAAAUGUUAUUAGGGUUUACAUCAUUAUGGAUAUUUUAGUGACUGUUAUUAACCUCAAAAAUAGCAAGAAAAUUAGUACUUUACUUCUUACCUUGUCCUUUUGUUAUGCAACAACGAUUCUCACUGGUGAGCUUGAGGUACCUGUGGUUAUCUUUGCUAAAUCUACCUAUUUUGAAGGUGAAAAAUGGGCACCUAUCGAAUGGGCUUAUGCGUGAACGGUCAUGAAAAGUGCCACCCUAAGCUAAGAAAACAUCUUCUUAAUUUGUAUUCUAAUUUAAUUUUUCCAUGUAGCUGAUGAAAACGUCAUACAAAAGGCCGAUGAAGUCACGCGAGCAGUCCUUCAAGACGUUCUUCGUGACCUGGAAAUCACGAAGCUGGCCAGUGCGUUUGUGAUGGAAGUACUUAACAGAGAAGACGUAAGAAAUGCGGCCAUACAGUUGACUCAACACGUACUCAGCGAUCCAUCAACAGGAAAAAAGAUCGCGGAACUUGCUAAGAACACGCUUUCGGAUCUGUUAACGAAUGACGAAACCCGAGUUUUGUUGCUUAGUUACAUUAAAUCACUGAUUUUAGACCAGAACACAAAAGAUGCGUGCAAAGUGCUUCUAGAAGAUCUGGUCAAGGACCCUGAAGUCAAAGGCUUCAUGGCGGCUUCUCUGGGCGAACUUGUUACUUCUUCUGUUGUGAAAAACAGCGCAGCCGAACUGGGCAAAAGUGUGACGCAUGAAGUUGUCAACGAUGUGAAAAUUCAGCAGGAAACUGGAAACUUUCUGUGGGGGACUGUGAAGAAAACGCUCACUCCUGGAUGGUUUGGUUAG